GUUUCAACAGCUGACACGAAUCCGCGAGAUCGGUAGCGAUUUUCCGAUCCAGGCAAUUUGUCCUGCGCUUGGUGAAUAUCGCGUUGAUAGCUUCGUCUUCACUCGAUUCUUGCGAUUUCUUGAUGACGCACGGAACGACAACGAGAUCCAGUCUGGAGCGAGCUGGCGAGAUGGAAUCCGAGCAGGGUCAACGACUAGCGACCACUACAAACGAGAGUUGGGGCGAACUGCGUGCAGAGGAGCGGAUCAAACUCGGCGGCCGAGCAGACCCGACCCAGCAGCGAGAGCAAACAGAGGGGGCGAGCUAGAGUAUGGACAGAGCCGAGCUCGGCGACUGGGUGAGAUCCGGGCUAGGGGAAAGCUCUGGCCAUGGGAAUUCUGAGCAGAAGCAGAGGCGAGCAAAAUGGAUGGAAAGCUCGCGCGCGCAGGAAGCAGGAAACAACCGCGCGACCAACAGAGGAGCCAGGGGCGCGCGAGAUCCGGAAAUCCAGGGUGCUGGGCGUGUGCAAGGAGACAUGCGCGCGCAGGAAAAUUCACGGCGUGGCGAUCAGGGAGCUCGACCGGGCGAGCAGCAGGGAGCAAGGCGAGCUAGAGACGGUCGAGCCAGGCGCGCGGCCCUGGGCAGUUCGGCGCAGCGAGCUGAGCAGGAAGAUGAAAAGCGGCUGCGCGCAGGACUGAAUCCGAGCUGGAGCACCGCGACGAGCGCAGGGGCGCGGCAAACGGAACCGAGCAGAAUUCAGGCGCGCAGGGAACCACCAUGGACGGGCGCAGAGAUGGCCGAGCGCCAUAGGAGCCGCGACGGGCCGGAGCUGGGGCCAGGCCACGACGCGAGCAACAGGGAGGCUCAAGCCAUGGGAGGAGACUCGGCUGGGAGCUUGGCGGGCAGAAUCCGAGCAGAGCACCGGCCAUGGGAAUUGAGCAGGGAGGAAGAGGACAUGGCCGAGCUGCAAGGACGAACUGGGAACCACACAACGUCCAGGGAUGUGAGCUGGAACCACGGCUGGCGUGCGUGCGGAGGGAGGCAAGGGGGAGCAGGGACGACCGGCCAUGGUGUCACCGGCGAGCUCGACAACUAAAAAAAUUACCAGCGACUUGAUUGUGCUCAUCCACUAGCUGAGCAUCGUACCAAAGUAUUGGCUGAGGAGCACACAACCACAUGGCCGACGACAUGCGGUGAAGGAAUGCGUAGAGAAUUCUAGAGCCUGUGCGUGUGCAGGAGGAGUCUAAGAGAUUAUGAUGGCUGAGGAAGUUGCUAGGGAACCUUGCGUCACCGGAAUGAGGAGGAAGCUGCGUUCACAAGAUGAGAAUGAAUCAACGAAGGCUGGUGAAGAUUAUAACCAGAGAGCCAACGUGUAUGGAUAAGAGUGAUGCAACCUGAAAAAUCUAGAGAAAAGGAGCAAUUGCAGAUAAGAAAGAUGACGCAUGUUCCAGGGAAAAGAUCAGCGAGAGAGGGCGGCCGAAGGAUGAGGUUGAAAAGAUUUUUUUUCUUUUUUAAAGAUUUUCCCACAUUUGCUUUCUUCUUUUAUCGGAAAUCGCGGAUAUUUGGGGUUCUGAAAUCUGGGUCUAUAAAAUAUGAACAGGUCGAAUCAAACAAAACUGACGAUAAAAUUUGAACCAGGUUUGAUUUGAUUCGAAAUUCUGAUAAAUUUAUCUGCAGUCUAAACGUCUGAUUCCAUGAUUGCGGACAAUUUGUGUGAUAAUCGGAUCUCAAUUUUUUAGCGAUAAACAAAGAGUCGAUGCACGAUACGGCAAACGACUACGCACAUUAUUUUCUUGGAUCACGUAACGGAACAUCCGAGGUUUACGAUUCUGACUAAAUUUCGUUUAGAUAAUUUUCAUGACUAUUCCGACCAUGAUGAAAACGGACCAGCUUGACACGAGUUCGGCUUUGGUAUUUUAAUCUGCUCUACGUGAUUCGACCGAAAUUAGCUGAAACCAGAUCCGCUAAUGUAUACGCGAUUUCGUUGUCAAAACAGCGUGCGGACGGAUAAAUUGGAUCCUAACCUCGCGCACGAUUCCUCUCAGACAACGCGCGAUGUAGAUUAUUUUGCCCCGAACAUUUUAGUUAUCGAGUUCAAAUUAAUUUGUCCAGGAUAAAAUCAUCCGAGUGAGUU